AUGGAUAUCAUAGAAAAUGAAAUAGCUAUAUAUGAGGAGAACAAAACGCACUUUGAAGCACUUAGUAGAUUCUCCAAACCUUUGAACCAUAAUUUUACAGAUUUUGUUCACUUAAUUUGCAAAGUGAAAAAUGUAAGAAAACAUGGGAAACUGCUACAUUUUUGUGACACAAUUUCGAAUGGAAAAAUAAAUAAAAAGAGAAAUGUUUUAUUUUACAAAUAUCAUAUUUUAAAUCAUAAUAAGGAGUCAGUUAAUGAGAUACACAAUUAUAAAAAUGACGAUGACAAGAAUGAUGUCCUUAAUUUUUGUAUAAUAGAAAAUAAAUUUAAUGAAGAAUCUUUGUCAACAGAGAAAAACGUUCAGUUGGUAAUAAGCAAAGACUUUUACAUAGAUGAAGAAAAAUUUAAUUUAUUUGGAACAUACUUAUUGAAAAAAGUGAAUUCAGAAAAUAAGGAUAAUAGUGAAAUAACACUUGGUAAGGAAUUUUUGGAAUAUUCAGUCCAUUUAUCUAAGAACUUUUAUGCGAACUUGAAGAAAUGUGAAGAUGAGGAAACAUGUACGAAUAAUGAUAUUUUCAUAAAGGAUAAUCCAAUGGAUGAUAUAGAAAAUCCCCCCUUGCUAUUAAUGAAUGAAUACAUUAAAUACGAGAUUGUAAGGAAAAUCAUAAAAACAGAUACUCUGGUAUAUAUUAUAGGAUUACCUGUCUUGACUAAUACGAAUGAGAAGUCUAUAUUAGUAUUUUCCUCCUACCUCCUGAAAGUUAACGACGAAUUCUUCAAUGUUAACGAACUCUUUAAAUUAUUCGAAGGUGGCUUCUUUUCCAUGCUAAUGUUAUGCAGAAGUUUAAGGGUGAAGAAAAGUUAUAUUCAAGAGUUAUACAAUAGCAAUGAAGACAAAAAAAGAAAAUGCAUAAGAAAUAUUGUGUAUAAAAAUAAAAAUUAUAAAAGUAUUUGUAAUCAAAAAAUGAAUAAUUUUGAAAUUUUUAUAAUUAAAAUUAUUGACAUAAUACCAAAAUUGUUUGAAAUACGUCCCAGUGAAUUUAACUAUACUACAGAAAUGAAUUGUUACAAACGAAUGCACAAAAUUAUCCUUUGCGAUUUGAACAUGAAUAACUCGAAUGAACAUUUAUUAGUAGAUGCAAGAAGGAGUGGAAAUACUGUAGAACAAAAGAAGAGGAAAAAGAAGAAAAAAAGAAAGAAAGAUAUAAUAUCUUAUAUGAACAAUAAAAAAGUACCACAAAUACAGUGGAUGAUUAAUCACAUAAAAGUUUUGCUUGAAAGUAUAGAUAAAGGAAAUUCCAAAAUGUCUGUGUUUAAGGGGGAAGAUAUUAUUUUACACAUAUCCAUUUUGGUGAACAAAUAUAUAGAAAGUAAUGACACAUUUUUUGAGAAUUAUUUAGAAUAUAUAGAACUCCUUAUGGAGAAAAAUGAAAAAUUAGUUAGUUCAGAGAAUGUAAAAAAGAUAAAAAAUAAUAUAGAAAUUUUGAGAGAAAAAAAUGUAAAUUUAUUUGAAAAUUCGAAAUGGAAUGAUAUACAAUUUUACAAUAUUAAUGAGUUUUAUAUGAACCAUUCGACUGAAUCAGAUAUAGAUAUGGGCAAGAAUUGUAAAACAUUAAUUGAAGAAGGCACAAAUAUGAUUUAUGAUUGUGCAAGUGAUGGAACGUGUGAAGAUAAGCAAAUUUUAAGUAAACAAAAAGAGAGAAAGGAUUUUACUGAUUUCUUACCGAAGUUGGUGGGUGGAAAAACAAUUGAUAGAACCACUUUAACAUAUGAUUAUUGUAUUUUAGAUGUAGGAGGAGGUAAAGGAGAUUUGGGUAUUCACAUUUCAUUAGCCUUUAAAAAUGUUCUAGUAAUAAUAUUAGACAUUAAUGUAAAUUCACUAUUUAGCUGCUUUAUUAAAAUUUUUGCAAACAAAAUUAAAAACGUAUUAAUUAUGCAUGAAUCUAUAUUAAAUUUUGAUUUUAAUAAAUAUAAAAUAAAUUUAAUAGUUGGUUUACACUGUUGUGGAGGAUUAACGGAUUAUACCUUAAGAAAAUGCAUGGAAGAAAAAAUCCCUUUUCUAAUAUGUUCUUGCUGUUACACAAAAUACAGAGAGUUGAGAAAAUAUAUUUUCGAUUUUAAUAAUGAUAUAAUACUGAAUGAAAUUAAAAAUUAUAUUUACAAUAAAAACUAUUAUCCCUUUAUAAACUACAACAUAAGCAAUUAUACAGAAGAAACUGGUGAAACAGCAAUGAGGGAUCAAAAUGUUGAAGAUAAAAUAUUGGAAGAUUCUGAUAUCAACACUGAUCAUUUUAAUAUACAUAAUAAUUCGAAAAAGGGAAUAAGUUGCGCGAAUUGCAUAAACAGGACAGUAGAUAUUUCCAACAUUAACACGUAUGCUGAAAUGAAAAGUGGUGAUACAAAAGUAAAUGGAAAUGAUUUUACAUGGUGUAGUUCUAAAUGUUUGGAGAUGAACCAAGAGCUUGUGAACACAGGUAGUGAUGGAUUUGGCGAAAAGAGAGAAGAUCAGAAUGAUGAAAUAUGCGAAAGUGUGAAAAAUGACGAUGAUGAAGGUGACGAAAAUGGAAAAUACGAUGAGUUUUCCAUGUACAAGAAAAAGUAUGAUAAGUACGGGAAAAAAAUCAUGAGGAGGACUAUACCGAAUAUAUACUCGUUCGUUAAUUUGCUGUCAAAAUUAUGUGAGAGCGAAAACACGACAAUUUCAUUUAAAUGCAUGCAUUUUUAUAAUAAUUUGAGAUUUCAAAUUUUGCAAAAGUUAUCCAGUGCAAGCAAGGGAUUUGGAGAAAAGGGGAAUAUAAAUUUAUCCCUGCACUCAUUUCCUAUUUCCUUUUCUCCAAAAAAUAUCGUUUUGAGGGGUACCUUUUCGUAA